AGUCGGGUUUCAGUCGCCGCCGCUGCCGCACGCAAUGCAGCGCUUCGUUGUUAUAUUCAUACUCCUAUCGGUGCGCUCGCGCACGGCAUACGUGACAACACCGUCAUUCGCGAACCGCCUAGACCGUCUCUACGAGAAACUAGAUAAACUAACCACCACAGAACUGAAGGAGGAAACUCCUCACGAAAAGUUGUAUGAGAAAUUGGAGAAGCUAAAUUCUUUGACGCCAGAUAAAGUUUUGCCGGAUGAUGAUGAAGAAGUGUUGUCGGCUAUGCAGAUGUGGGGCAAAAUGAAUGCUGAUCAGGUCGAUGGUGUAGUUAAAGACCUGCAGAGUGUGAAAGAGUAUAGGGAUUAUGGAAAGAGUGAAAGGAUCACUGAUGAAGAUAGUGAUGCGGAUUGGAACGAUGUGGAUUCAACAGAAGACGAUUAUCCAAUGGACUGGUACCACGAUGAAGAGCCAGAGACGACAGUCCGACCAGCGGUGACGCCGUCUGCCUUCACCCGUCUAGGGUUCGACUAUAGGGAAACUGUUGUGUCCGCCGUGGACCCCAUAGCUGCGACUAACGAGCGACCGAGGAUCAUGGACGAUUCAUUCCUAACGCCUUUGGAGAAGAUAAGGCUAAAAAGAGCAGCGUUUGCAAAUAUAGCAGCUGUGCUUAAAACCGGCAAAUGUUCUGAACCACAACCACGGUGGCUCACAGUCAGACAACUUGCACCUGCAGCUAAUAUUGUAUACAUGCCUCCGUGCGUACAGCUACACCGCUGCGCUCCAGACUCUGGUUGUUGUUAUGAUGAAGCUGAAGUGUGCGCGCCUGUGGCGGGAGAGUAUAUCGCUCUGCCAUUCUAUUUACAAAAAGCUGACGGCAACCGCAGUAUCGCUCGGAUGCAGUUCUUCAAUCAUACACAAUGCGCAUGUGUCUCCCGUGAAACUCUGCAAACGACUGUCCGUACGAGAGUGGAGUCGCCAAAGGGAGAACCAUCGAGAGUACAGGACAGUUUAAAAUCGAGCAGCAAAGAACGCCAGAACGACUGGCGUCAGUCCACAGAAGAGCCAAGUCUGGAGAAGGAAGAUGUACAUACAGCACCGCCACAGUUGCGUAGGUGCACCUGUCCAACAUUAUUCAUCGCGCGGCCCUUCGAAAAUGGCGUUUGUUCGUGUGUCUGCGAGUGGACGGAUCCCGCCCGCAGAAGGGACUGUCAGUCGCUCGCGCGCGGACGGGAGCAUUUCGGCAUGAGAGAUCGAGUUUGCAUCGGUGAUGGGGAUUGCAACCCGCCGACUUGCGAGUUCGGACUGUACGACCACUCUGCGGGCAGGUGUCCCCUUAGAAGGGAUCGGAGGAAGCGCAACCAUCACCGGACGAGACCCUAACCGCUAUUCACGCGCACGUGUACAUUAAGACUAACACUCACUGUGCAAUUACACGAGGCACGGUCUUUUAGUGCUGUUUCAGAAGCGCUUUAGACUGUAGUGCAUACGCUUGUGCAUCGUAUUCUCAGGACAGGGUACUUAAAGUCCCUGUACAUGAACAUUGUCUGGAUGAAUACGCCCAGGCGUGUAUACACAUGGCGAGGUUGUCCGUUUAAGCAGUAGUCGAUAGAUAACCUCGCCAUGCGCUCAAUUUGCAUCUACAGAAUCAACAGGUUCCAGCAACUUAGAGUCUUCGAUGCGGCUUUAAUGUCAUAAAUGAACGAGAGGCAAUACAUCAUCCGUCUCUUGUAAUUGAGCGCAUAUUCAGCACCACCAUCCAAUUUUAUUAACGAACAUUCAAAUUGACUCACGUUUCCACAUCCCAAAGCUACGUCGCGUUGUGUAUACACGCCUUAACAUUUGACUUCGCAGUCGAAAUAUUGUGGACGUCGACCGGCGGGUCUACCCCGUAACUGAGUCAUAUUAUCGUUAUCGUAUAAAAAAGUUAGCCUGAAGUUUAUACGUGGAAAAAAUAUAUAUACAUAUUUUACGCAACAGCUCCAACUUUGAUUCAAACCGCCAAGAGUAUUAAAUUCUAAUUCAAUAGCAUUAUAGGAUAUUAAGUUCGCAUGUUACUGGAUAGACCCUCGGGCAGUCCUAUUACGAGUUUAGAGAGUCGAAAUACUCGAUAUCAAUCGCUUUUAUAAUUAAAUGAUAAAUCGUAAAUCUUGGUAGUUACCACUAGGGGCGCAACAUCCUUAAUGAAUUCGAGAUGUAAAUUUAUGCUGUGUUUGUCGGACAAAUUUCAAUAUAGGAUCUUGAUAAACUAAACUCAGCCUAACAACCAACGGAUCAAAAUAAACUCAGCCUAACAACCAAGAAGGAAGUAAGGCCCGAGAGUUUAUUUUUAAAAAGUAAAAUUAUUUAGAAUAUUAUUUUCUACACUAAAUACUUAUAGAUCCUAUAAUUACUUACUCGCACUUUCAACUUUCAAGGCGCUUCUAACUCGCCUUUCGGACUGUAUUAGUUGGUGCUCAGUAGCUCGGUGGCGUAGUGGAUAAGCGCCACGGCCCGCGAUCAUAGUCGUUAAGCAACUCUCGCAAGGGUCGGUCACGGGAUGGGUGACCAAAAAAUUAUUAUCUCGAGCUACUCCGUGCUUCGGAAGGCACGUUAAGCCGUUGGUCCCGGCAGCAUUUACAGUCGUUAAUACCCUCCAAUCCGCAUUGGGCCAGCGUGGAGGGUCAUGGCCCAUCCUCUUAAUCAUCCAUAAGGAAGGCCUGAGCCCCUGCAGUGGGGACGUAAAAGGGCUAGUGAUGAUAGUUGGUGCUCACGCCAAAAUUGUAUUUAUUGUUUAUAAUUAUUAGAUUGGACACUUGUAUUUCUUCAAAUAUUUUUUUUACGUUCACAGUUAUUAAUAUAUUUUAGAUUUCGUGCCGAUUGUCUGUUAGCUUGAUUAUUUUCACCUCAAAAAUGUGUGUUUUCAACUAAAAAUCUCCAAAUUAGAGCAUUUCAAGAAUCUACCAAUAUAAUUUAAGAAUUCUUCUUUUUAUAAUAAAUAUGUUUACUUUUAACCAGUUUACUUAAAUAUGAACGCAUUAAGUGUGCCAUAAAAUAAGUCAAUACACUAAUUAUAUGUUAAUAUAAUUAAUUAUAAAUUAAGAAUGAUGUACGUAGAUUUAAGGGUAGGUAAAUUUUAUAUUGUUAUAAUUUAAUUUAUUAUUAUAGGAUAAUGUACUUAGUAAGUCGAUUGCCUGCUUGCAUAAUACUUCAUUUUUGAGACAAAGAAUGAGAUUGUAUACAUAUAAGUUAAUUAUAAGCUGUAAAUAAAUAUCUUAUGU